AUGGUUGUCGUCGCCGUUGCUGGCGGCUCCGGUGGUGUCGGUCGCACUGUGUUGGAUGCCAUUGCGAAAUCAGGCAAACACAAAGCCAUCGUCUUAUCGAGGACAGCAACAGAAACCGCCACCACAAGCAACGAGCCGAGACGUUUCGCUGUCGAUUAUAAUAACGUCGAGCAGAUAAAGCAUAUUCUUCAAGAGAACAAUGUUGAAAUGGUUGUAUCAGCUCUGCUUCUAGUUGAUGAACGGGUUGCGCAGUCGCAGAUCAACCUGAUACGAGCUGCUGCUCAAUCAGAAAGCGUAACAAAAUUCAUUCCUAGUGAAUACUACAUUGAUUUCCAUGCUCAUGUCCCUGGUUCUAGCCUAUAUAGCAAAUUCGAAGUUGAGGCCGAAGCAGAACUCUCGCGCCAUCCGCAGUUGACUUGGACGCUUAUUAGACUCGGAAUCUUUCUUGAUCAUAUCACCAUGCCACAUAACCCUAAGAAAACGCACAUUAGCCCAUUCUGGGUGUUCAUCGAUAUAGACCAUGAACAAUGUGUCUUUCCUGGUGAUGGAUCACAGCCACUUAUACUUACGCACUCAACAGACCUCGGAGCAUACAUUGAACGGUUGAUUGGCCUCCCAGCCAAGGACUGGCCGCGCGAAUCCCUCAUCGCGUCGAACAAACUGCAAGUUAAAGACCUUGCAUCUCUUGCCAAGAAGACUACAGGGAAAGAUUUUAAAGUCACAUAUGACUCGGUAGAAGCAAUCCACAAGGGUCAUAUCACACCUUUGCCUUCUAACCUGGCCGUUUUUGAGGAUCUAGCGAAAGGCAAAUUCUUUCGGGAGGUAGAACUUCAGGUCAUGCUUUCGGUGUUGAGCAACGCGCACGACUUACCCGGAAAGAACCUUGCUGAGCUGUUCCCUGAUGUUCAAGCAACCGAGAUUGAACCAUUUUUCAGGCAAGGUUGGGCAAUCAAGCAGAGAACAUCAUCAUAA